AAAACCGUCAACGUUAUAUGAUGUUUUGAAACUGAACAUGACUGACAAGCAGAAAGUCAUCGUCGCUCUAACCUCUGCGUCCGAGACAUGCACCGCUGCACUCUCCGCACUCUCUUCCCGAAAUCAGCGCGAUAAAUCUGAGCCCCAAACCUCCGACCUCAGCGUGAUCCUAAAAGACCUAGACUCUCUCCUUUCGCUCAUAUACAACUCCAGCACCAAACUUGCUCUCGCGCUCAAACCAUCAUCUCCUACAUACUCCGCUUCUCUACCUGUGAUCGUGGAUCUAACGAAAUAUACUUCUGGGAUCGCACAUUGCAUUCAUAUUUUGAAUCCUGAAUUACAUGGGACGACACUUAUUAAGGAGGUGCAGCAUGAGGUGACGGUUAUUUUGGAGGCUUUGCGUGCAAUCGUGCAGACCUUUUUGAACCUUGCUGCCCGUGGUCCGUCGAUAGCAAGGAGUGGCUCAGCAGGAGAAGAGUAUCUAGUCCGGACAGGCACUCUUCACGAUCUCAUAACCCAAGCGCGAGGGCCCAACGGAAUACCAAAAGAUAACAUAUCUGCAAUCUGUCGAAGAUGGAAACAGGAUCGAGGGGCUCUCGAAGAUGGUCUUCGAGAGGUGUCUGAAAUGAUAGACGGAGCCGAAGGGAAUGAAAGCGAUGAUGUCGAUGACGAUGAUGAUGACGACGGUUGGGGUGAGCUCGGUUUAGCUGACUCAGGAGCGAAGAUGGACAAGGACGAGCUGGCGCGUGCAAAAAAUGUUCACUCGGUACUGCGGUUAACCACGUUAUUGCACAAGCGUAUCUUCUUGGAUCUGCUGUCUUUUACACCGACCCCACCGCCUCCAAGCGUUGCUCUAGAUGCCUUGCUUUUGCAGUCACACGCACUCCUUGCUGCGUCCGACGAACUGGUCUCCUCGUUGUAUGCUCCUCAGAACCCUGCUACGAUCAGGAAGGAAUCGUUGGCGCUGCUGGGUAUAGUUAAUGCACUCCAGAUGCAGCUACGAAUAUUCUUCCCCGAUACGGCCUCCAUAGAACAACAGCUCUCCGCGCUCAGUAUCGAGGGAGAUAAGUCAGCAUCGACACCUAGCAAACCCACGGCCGACAAAAAGUGGUUUGAUCUUUGUUUCGACCAGGUAACAAAGACAUCCGCCAAUCUCGUGUCGCCUAUGUACAAGCCACCCCCAGGAGCCGGCCAGAAACCAAGAUGAGAGACGCGACGAAGUGUCGGUUGUGCUAGCAAAGAGUAUAGAAGGGUUUGUAAUAUUGCAAUGAUGUAUUUACAGGCUAGGUGAUAGUGUUGCGUGUCCGAAAGCAAGAUGUACAAGUAAAAACAUAACAAACCAAGCUUCAAGCCUCUCCCUCCUCUUUCGUGGCACUCUGGCUCCGCUCCCUGUGGUGUCGUAGACGCGCCCUCUCCUUGUCAUACUCCUCUCGGAACUUGGCAGCAAGGAAAUUUGGGUGCAAAGCCAUGCUAUUGUGGGCUCUGAGUUUCUGUUCAAAACCUGCGAUCUUGUCUGCUUGUGACUGUAGAUCGAAAUGAUGUUUCUGCUUGUGACU